UCCACUCUGUUGCGGUUGAAAAUUUAAGCCACGUAAGUUGAUGCCUGAUGGUCGAACAAUCGCUGUCUUGUCUUUAUUUAUGUGAGGUAGUAAGAGAAGCAGCAAAACUGAAAAUCUGCGUACAUAUUCGACGGAAAAGGAAUGCCUGUACCGAAUACUCCAAACGUGGUUCUUAACUUUCUUCUUCGCCGGGCUAAAUUUUGUUGUCAUGGGAGAACUUUUUCUACACUAGACAAAAGAACGAUCAGGUCUUCUCACAUGAACAGUGCAAAUGGAAUUGCGUUUCGAUCUGAGUUAAAAAGAAAAGCAAAAAGGGUCGUGGUUAAGCUUGGAUCAGCUGUUAUCACUAGAGAUGACGAAUGUGGUGUCGCUCUCGGAAGACUUGCCUCUAUCGUUGAACAAGUGUCUGAGUUACAGAAUAGUGGUAGGCAAAUGCUUCUGGUUACAAGUGGUGCUGUAGCUUUUGGCAAACAAAAACUUCGACAUGAGAUACUUCUCUCUCAGAGUGUUCGACAAACACUCAAGCCACAAGAUGUCCUGAAGUCAAGGCCUUAUAUUGAACCAAGAGCAUGUGCAGCUGUAGGUCAGGGAGGAUUGUUGUCACUCUAUGAAGCCAUGUUUCAGCAGUAUGGCCUGACUUGUGGACAGGUGCUGAUCACAAAGCAGGAUGUAUCUGAUAAAUACUCACUGGAUAAUUUAAGGUCAACAGUGGAGGAGUUAAUUUCCAUGAACUGUAUUCCAAUAAUAAAUGAGAAUGAUGUUGUGGCAUCACCACCAGGCAUGGAUCUAGAUUUGGCUGGGAUGGCCAGGGCACCGGUGAUAAGUGUAAAGGACAAUGACAGUUUAUCUUCCUUGCUCUCAGUGGAACUGAAGGCAGAUUUGCUGUUGAUAUUAUCAGAUGUGCAGGGCAUUUACAGCGGCCCUCCUGACUUGCCCGAGUCUCGCCUUCUGGACACAUUCAGGCCAGCGGACGUCAGUAAUAUUGAAUUUGGAGAAAAGUCACGUGUUGGCAGAGGAGGCAUGGAGUCUAAAGUGAAGGCCGCAGCCUGGGCACUAGAGAGAGGUACGAGUGUUGUUAUAGCCAAUGGUACUGGCAGUGACUACGUCAUUCGUGAGGUUCUGGAUGGCCGGAAGGUUGGAACAUUCUUCACUAUGGUCGACGAACCAGGGCCAUCUGUAGAGAAUCAGGCUGCGGCAGCUCGAAAGGGAGGAAGAGCUCUGCAAGCACUGACCGCUGCCCAGCGGGCCAGAAUCAUUUACAAGUUGGCUGACCUUCUAAUCGAACGCAAGGAUCAGAUUUUAGACGCUAACUCCAAAGAUCUGGACCAUGCUCGGUUUGAGGGACGACUACCGGCUCCCAUGAUGGCCAGAUUGCUUUUGACGCCGUCCAAACUUGAAAAUCUUGCUCAGGGACUGAGACAGAUUGCGGAUUCCUCUCACAACAUCCUGGGUCGUGUUCUUAAACGAACCAAAAUCGCUCAAGGUCUAGAACUGAAACAGGAAACUGUUCCAAUUGGAGUGCUUCUCGUGAUUUUUGAAUCUCGCCCAGAUGCUCUAGUGCAGGUUGCCUCUCUAGCUAUCAGCACAGGCAAUGGUUUGCUUCUGAAGGGUGGCAAAGAAGCUUAUCACAGCAACAGAUGUCUUCACAGUCUUGUUGCAGAGGCUCUGUCGAUGUACGUUCCUCCGGAAGCUGUUAGUUUGGUCAGUACUCGAGAAGAGGUAAAUGAUCUACUUCAGUUGGAUAAAUACCUGGACUUAGUCAUUCCGCGAGGCUCCAGUGAGAUGAUUGAGCGCAUCCAGACAGAGAGCAAAGGAAUUCCUGUUCUUGGGCAUGCUGAGGGAAUUUGCCAUGUGUAUGUCGAUAAAGAUGCAGAUCUUGAAAUAGCCACCAAGAUUGUGGUGGAUUCCAAAUGCGAUUAUCCUGCAGCUUGCAAUGCUAUGGAGACUCUUUUGGUACACAGGGAUCUCAUAAGGUCACCAUUUCUGGAACGGAUGCUGAAGGCUCUUAGAGAAAAAGGAGUGAUAGUUCACGCCGGACCCAACUUAGUGAAGACUUUACCGCUGGCUCCAGCUCCUGCUAAGACCAUGAAGAAAGAGUACAGUGGGUUAGAGUGUACGGUGGAAGUGGUAAGGACCACAGAGGAAGCCAUUGAUCACAUCCAUAAAUUUGGAAGCUCACAUACUGAUGUCAUUAUCACCGAUAAUGGAGAGACUGCUGAUCACUUUCUGAAGGCUGUGGAUAGUGCAUGUGUCUUCCACAACACAAGCACGAGAUUUUCGGAUGGGUAUCGCUUUGGCUUGGGUGCUGAAGUAGGUAUCAGCACGGGUCGUAUCCAUGCCCGGGGUCCUGUGGGUGUGGAAGGAUUACUGACCACCAGAUGGGUGAUGACUGGUCAGGGGCACACAGUGGCUGACUUUGCUGAAGGAGGCCUGCUCAAGUAUCUUCACGAGACCCUCCCAAUUGAAGACGCUCCUCAGGAUUCUACUGAUGAAGAAACGACUUCUGACAAUGGCGAAAGCGAAGUUAUACAGAAAUAACUCCUUAAUGCAGAAAGUGAACGUCAGUUUGCGCACAGUACUCGUUAUAUGAGUCAAUGUUACGCUUUUCAUAAGCAUAUAUUUUUAAACGUUCCGCUAAAUAACUUAUUAUUUUGUUAAGUUUAUUUCAACCAGUGCUGUCAUGCAUUCCUCUUAGUUUUCCUAUUUAUUACUAGACACUGUAUAAAUAUCAAGUAACUUUUUUUUUUUUUGCGAAUAGCUUAAAGCGGAGCCCCAGUCUUAAGAAAAUACGGAUACUUAUCAGUAUAGGAAUAUUUGGUUGGCUUUGGGUUCGACCUCACGCAAUCUUAAUACCUUGUUAACGUUCUUAUGCUCCAUGCUCAAGUCCUAUUGGUGAAUAUGGCGAAAUAAUAACUGUGAGGUGACCCCCAACAUUUGACUGUUACGUGGUCAGGACAGGCUACGAAAAGCAGAAAACCUGACUCUUGAAAAAGGAUACCAAACUGUAAGAGGUUCCUUAAUAAUGAUGAUAGUAAUUAUAUCGGUAUUACCGAGAUAUUGCAGUCAACCUCGAGGAAACAAAAUAUUGGGUUCCUUCUUAAUUGGGUUCUUGAAUCAUUCCCGUGGAUUUCCCACAAUUCUCCGCAAAGGAAAGGGCGGCUGAGAAGUCCCUGAUCCUGAUGCUUGUUUCAAUAACAAGCCAGGUUUGUAAAUUAGUUCUCAAAACAGACUCUCUUUUUGUGUUCAGAAGGGGAGGAGGAAAAGUGCGAUCAGUUCUGACAUGUGAACGCAGAACUUUAACUCUGCUAUUUAAGUACGGUUGGUACAGAUUUAAAAUAUACAUGUUUAUCACUGUCAAAACUGUUUAUCGUUAUUAUGCACAAUGACAACUACAUUUUAAAAACAGAAAAUCGUUGAGACAUCA